CUCUUGGGCGUUGACAACUCUACAAUUGCUGCUGCAUAGAAGAAGAUAAUUGACGUGUCACUUGAAAAUUUUGUAAAAUUGACAAGAAAGUGCCUGGCACAGACUGCGUAAGUGUACGUCAAAGAAAAGCCGACUACAAGUUAACACAUCGCCACGGCAGCAACAGCAACAGUGAAGGAAACUGCAACAAUGCUGACCAAUUUCGAGUCCAAAUCGGCUCGUGUGAAGGGUCUUUCGUUUCACCCGAAACGUCCAUGGAUCCUGACCAGUUUGCACAGUGGUGUCAUUCAGCUAUGGGACUACCGCAUGCAUACGCUGCUGGAGAAGUUCGAUGAGCACGAUGGCCCCGUUCGCAGUGUGGCCUUCCAUCAACAGAUGCCACUGUUUGUCUCAGGCGGAGACGAUUACAAGAUUAAGGUGUGGAAUUAUAAGCAGCGUCGCUGCAUAUUCACGCUGCUGGCCCAUUUGGAUUAUGUGCGCACAGUCGCAUUCCAUCACGAGUAUCCAUGGAUCUUGAGUGCCUCCGAUGAUCAGACCAUUCGCAUCUGGAAUUGGCAGUCGCGCAACUGCAUCUGUGUGUUGACUGGCCAUAAUCAUUAUGUGAUGUGUGCCCAGUUCCAUCCGACUGAGGAUCAAAUUGUUUCCGCCUCGCUGGAUCAGACGGUGCGCGUUUGGGACAUAUCUGGACUGCGUAAAAAGAAUGUGGCACCUGGUCCUGGAGGACUUGAUGAGCACCUUAAGGGUCAUCCCGGUGCCACCGAUCUGUUUGGUCAGGCUGAUGCGGUGGUCAAGCAUGUGCUGGAGGGCCACGAUCGCGGUGUCAACUGGGCGAGCUUCCACCCAACCCUUCCGUUGAUCGUAUCAGGUGCCGAUGAUCGCCUCGUGAAGCUGUGGCGCAUGAAUGAGUACAAGGCCUGGGAGGUGGAUACGUGCCGAGGUCACUAUAACAAUGUGUCCUGCGUGUUGUUCCAUCCACGCCAAGAUCUGAUCAUCUCGAACGGCGAGGAUCGCAGUAUUCGCGUUUGGGACAUGACCAAGCGCCAGUGUCUGUUCACAUUCCGGCGUGAUAACGAACGCUUCUGGAUUAUGGCAGCACAUCCCACACUAAAUCUUUUUGCUGCCGGCCACGAUGCAGGCAUGGUGGUCUUUAAGUUGGAGCGCGAGCGUCCUGCUUAUGCGGUACACGGAAACAUGUUGUAUUAUGUGAAAGAUCGCUUUCUGCGCAAGUUGGAUUUCACCACCGCCAAGGAUACGGUUGUGAUGCAGUUGCGUCCCGGCAAGUCGCCUGUCUAUAGCAUGUCCUAUAAUCCGGCACUGAAUGCUGUCCUUAUUUGCACGCGCACCAACAAUCUGGAGAACAGCACCUACGAUUUGUGCCAGAUACCCAAGGACAGCGAGAACGAUCGUCAAAACGAAUCGGACAGCAAGCGCAGCUCGGGCAUCACAGCCAUCUGGGUGGCACGCAAUCGUUUCGCUGUGCUCGAUCGCAAUCAGCAGCUGGUGGUGAAGAACUUCAAGAACGAAGUGACCAAGAAGAUACCAACGUUCUGCGAGGAGAUUUUCUAUGCCGGCACAGGCAUGCUGCUCAUACGCGAUCCGGAAUAUGUUACACUGUACGAGGUGCAGCGUUUGGUCUCCGUCGGCAGCAUUAAGCUGGCCAAGUGCCGCUAUGUGGUGUGGUCACCGGAUAUGUCGCUGGUCGCCCUGCUCUGCAAGCAUUCGGUAACCAUUUGCGAUCGCCGGCUGCAGUACUUGUGCACCGUGCAGGAGAACUGUCGCGUCAAGUCGGGCGCCUGGGAUGAGUCGGGCGUGUUCAUAUAUACGACCAGCAAUCAUAUCAAAUAUGCCAUCACAAAUGGAGAUCACGGCAUCAUACGCACUCUGGAUCUGCCCAUCUAUCUGACGCGCGUCAAGGGCAACCAGGUGUUCUGCUUGGACCGCGAGUGUCGCACCCGUGUCCUGCACAUCGAUCCCACGGAAUACAAAUUCAAGUUGGCUCUAAUUCAGCGCAAAUACGAUGAGGUUUUGCAUAUGGUGCGCAACGCUCGUCUGGUUGGACAGAGCAUCAUUGCGUAUCUGCAGCAGAAGGGCUAUCCAGAGGUGGCCCUGCACUUUGUCAAGGAUGAGAAGACGCGCUUCGGCUUGGCUCUGGAGUGCGGUAACAUUGAGAUCGCAUUGCAGGCGGCCAAGGCAUUGGAUGACAAGGAUUGCUGGGAUAGAUUGGGCCAGGCAGCUUUGCUACAAGGCAAUCAUCAGGUGGUCGAGAUGUGCUAUCAACGCACCAAGAACUUCGACAAGCUAAGCUUCCUCUACCUAAUCACUGGUAAUCUGGACAAACUGAAGAGAAUGAACAAGAUUGCUGAAAUACGCAAAGAUGUUUCGGCUCAGUACCAAGGUGCCUUGCUCCUGGGCGAUGUCAGGGAACGCGUGAACAUUCUCAAGAACUGUGGACAACUAUCGCUGGCCUACUUGACCGCAGCCACUCAUGGCUUGGAUGAGCUGACAGAAUCACUGGGCAACACCAUCAGUGCAGAGGGCAGCAACUUGCCGGAGGUGAAUCCGAAUGCGCAGCUGCUGCAGCCUCCAGUGCCCAUACAGCAACUGGAGACCAAUUGGCCACUGUUGUCAGUGUCGAAGGGCUUCUUCGAAGGCGCCAUGGUGACGCGUGCCAGCAGCAGCGCGACAGCACGUCAGGCGCUGAACAUAAACGCGGAUGCCGCACUGGACGAGCACAAUGCUGGCGGAGAUGGCUGGGGCGCUGAUGCCGAUCUGGGCUUGGGCGAAGAUGAUGAUGGCGAUGAGGAGAUGCAUGAUGCACUUAGCAAUGAUGAGGCACAGGAUGAUGCUGCUGGCGGCGGUGGCUGGGAUGUCGGCGAUGAUGAUCUGGUGGUGCCCAUUGAGCUGGCCUCCAAGAUCAAGGCCUCGGCCUUGGACAGCAACUACUAUGCGGCGCCCAACAAAGGCCAAUCGCCAGCCCAGCACUGGGCCAACAAUUCCCAGCUGGUGCUCGACCAUGUUAAGGCAGGCGCCUUCAACAGUGCCUUCCGCCUGCUCAACGAUCAGCUGGGCGUGGUCAAUUUCAAGCCCUUCAAAACGCUCUUCUUGCAGAACUACGCCUGCUCCCGCACUAGCUACACCGCCAACCCCAAUCUGCAGUCGUUAAAUGGAUAUCCACUGCGUAAUUACUCAGAAACCAAUCCGAAGCUCCAGCGUCCAGCGCUAGGCAUCAAGCUGAAUGACCUGGUGUCCCGGCUGCAGUCUGGCUACCAGUUGACCACGGCGGGCAAGUUCACCGAGGCCAUUGAGAAGUUCCACUCCAUACUGAUAAGUAUUCCGCUGCUGGUGGUGGAGACGAAACUGGACACAGCCGAGGCGCAGCAGCUACUAAAAAUCUGUGCCGAAUACAUUGUCGGCCUGAAGAUGGAAACGGUGCGCAAGGGCAUGCCCAAGUCCACGCUGGAGGAGCAGAAGCGUCUUUGUGAAAUGGCCGCCUACUUCACCCACAGCAAGCUUCAGCCUGUCCAUCAGAUUCUCACUCUGCGAACCGCACUCAAUAUGUUCUUUAAGCUGAAGAACUAUAAGACAGCCGCAUCGUUUGCGCGUCGUCUGCUGGAGCUUGCUCCGCGGCCGGAGGUGGCGCAGCAGGUGCGCAAAAUAUUGCAGGCCUGCGAGGUGAAUCCCGUCGAUGAGCAUCAGCUGGAGUAUGAGGAGUUCAACCCGUUCAACAUCUGCGCCAUUAGCUGGAAGCCGCUCUAUCGUGGCAAGCCCGAGGUGACCUGCCCCUUCUGUGGCAGCUCCUACGAUCCCCAGUACAAGGGCAAUCUCUGCACCGUGUGCGAGGUCAGUCAAAUUGGCAAGGAUUGCAUCGGUCUGCGCAUUUCCACACUGCAAUUCCGUUAAACGGAAAAGGGAAACGAAAAACAAUAAUUAGAACCCUUUAAAUGUCGGGCUUUUCCAAGCAACUUUAUUUGUAUUUCUAGAGUUAAACAUGUUUAUA